CGUUGAAGAUGGCGGCCUCCAUGCAGUUCAAUCAUUCCUGUUUAAUGCAUGAUUUGCAUUACUCCACAUGGGCCAAAUUCAUUCUCAAGUCCCAUGAAAGUUGAAGAAGAUGUAAGGGCCAAAUAAGUGCGCUCAUCUAGAUAAAUUUCCUCGUUAUUAUUCUAAACUCGGCAUAGAUAAUGGCCACCAAUUUUAAGGCCACCGCCACCAUCAAACCCACACAGCGGCUGAAGGAUCUGACAGCUGACGACUCGAAGGUUAUCGGCAAAGUGCAAAAGAAAAGAGAGAAAACCGCUCUGCCGACCAAGUUUGAGACGGAUAAGUUCAGGACUGUUCAUAGCGCAUGGACGCCCGUCGUACAUAAGCCGUCCAAUCAACAGAUAUACAAGGAAAGAAGAGAGCUAAUAUCAAAUUGGUUUGACCUUUGGACAGAUUCUCAGAGGAAACGUUUCCUAGAUGUCAUUCUUAAACAGUGUACCAAAGGCCAGUUACUGUUUAUGCACAGAUGGUUCCAAGAGAAAGUUCCUCUCAGACACCUGGACUUCACCACAGUGUUGCCCAGGUUUCUCAGCCAUUACAUAUUCUCAUACUUUGAUCCGAGGACUCUCUGUCGCUGUGGCCAGGUCAACUGGUAUUGGAAGAGCUUAGCAGAGGAUGAUGUUUUGUGGAAACCCAAAUGUAUAAAGCUGGGCUGGCAUCUUCCAUAUACACCCAGUGAGGGUGAAGUUGGAGCCUGGAAGAGACAUUAUGUUGCUUGUUUCAUGACAAUGGAUGUAGUAGUUUCCAAUAGAGGUAACCAGUUAUAUGGCACCAGAUCUGAUGGCAGAGAAGCAGAGGUGGUAGUCAGAGGGAAAGCUGGGGACGAGACAGAGCUCUCCAAGCAGGUCCUCCAGGAGUUUGACAGCAAGAGGAAACUGGACCCAGAGGCUGUCAGAAGACCAACCAAGCUUUCACCUAGGAGUAGCAGAAUGUUGAUGGAAGCCAGAGACCCGUGGAUUGUUCCUGACCAAAAUCCUAAAGACCUUGAAAAAUCAAUGAAUGCUUUUCUCUAUGGGUUCAAUCCUAAUGAUCCAAAAUUGCCAAAGUCUGCAAAUGUAUUUCAUGACAAAUGGGGAUUUAUCAAAAAGCAGCACACCAGGUCCCAGACUGAGCCAGCCAAAUCAUUCCAUCAGUCACCAGAACAAAGUCAACAGACACAAAUACUGGAUAAGAAAGUGAAACGGCAAAGACAUAGGCUGUUGACAAGUGGCCAGGCCUAUGACUUCAAUUAUGAUGAACCACCACCAGAAGACACCAUCUCCAGAAGUCUCAAGUUUGAAAACUUUGUAGAGAAACGGCUGACAGAGCUCAUCAACAUGGAAUGGGAGCCACCUAAGGAAAAGUCAAUUCACAGAAUGCCCAAUCUGUCUGGGGGUGUGGGAGGCUAUCCACUCCCCUGGAGAAGCAGGCUCAUGACCGAGUGUUCCAGUAUGCCCUACCCUGCUGAGGCCAACCCCAGGGUCAUCUUUAUAUCAUCACGUGUUCCUGCUGCUGAUGUAUUAGUCGACGCGGUACUCUUUGGUGUAAUACCCAUAGUAUAUGAAUUUGAAGGUACCACAGUGGAAACUCUCAAGUUUAAACUUGAGGAAACUUUGCAAGGAAGAAGUGCAAAGAGCAUUGGUCUGUUCUGUCAUGCUCGUGAAUUGGGGGAGUUGAGACUGAUCCACGAGUACACGGUGACUUUAGAUGCUUUAGACCUGUCUGAGGUCAGAGAUUUCUUUGAGUUCAUCACCAUCCAUUGUUUACCUGCACAGCAGAAUGGACAUGUGGACCUCUUCUUACCAUUAGCUUCUUGUGAGGAAGGUUUGGAAAUGCUGAUACAGCUGCAUAGUAUUACAGGAAUUCCAUUCUGUUCACCCACUGGGAUCAUUGGCAACUAUAACCACAUAAACAGUGCGUGGAUAUUCUGCCCAGAGGAUCAUUACCCACCGUCUCUGUACUUUGCCAGUAGUAAGCUAAAUGUGUGGGCUAAUACUGCAGACACCGUCCAGGAGGCCCUGGGCAGGACCAGCAGACUACUGGGGCAGUACUUUGAGGAGCAACACAGGGACCUGGUGGCACAGGUCACAGGCCAGGUUGUCUUUGAUGCACUGGGCCAGGCAGACAUCCAAGGCAUCAAUGUGGUCACAGAGGCACUGGUUGAGGGACUUGUCUCAUUAGGCCAGCAGAAAAAUGUGAAACCUCUGCAGUACCUUGGACAGUACCUUCUUGGGCUAUCUGGAUAUGAAGUCCUGCUUCCAGAACAACAACAAGCAGCUGGUGGGAAUUCUGCACACAAGGCUGGUACUGGGGGCCUGACAGCUAAACUGCAGGCAGAGGAGGAGGAAAGUGAAGAGGAGGAGGAGGAGGAGGAAACUGAAGCAGCCAAACAAAAGGGAUUCCUUUUGGGAGCAGGAGACCAUGGUGAGGUGGAGGAGAGUACUGUGGAUGUCAAGAAAGAAAAGAAAAAUAAGAAAGAGGGGAAAGAAAAAGAUAAAAAGAAAAAGAACAAAGACAAAGAGAAAGAUGAAAACAAGAAGGACAAAAAGAAAGACAAACACAAAGAGAAAGAUGAAAAGAAAAAAGACAAAAAGACAGACAAACAUGAAGAGAAAGAUGAAGAGAAUGAAGAGGAAAAAAGUAAAAAUGAGGAGGCCCAAAGAAAAGUUAAAGAGAAAGAAAAGGAUAAAGAUAGUGGAGAUAAAGAUGAUGACGAAGAAAGUGAAGAAAUGGAUGAAGAAAUUGAGGAGGCAAAAAGUGAGAAAGAUGAUGAAUCAUCAUCUUCAUCAUCAUCAUCUUCAUCAUCAGAAUCGUCUUCUGAAUCAUCAGCAAAAAAAUCUUCAAAAAAAGCAAAGAGCAAAGCCAAAGGCAAGAAGGACAUUAAAAGAAAUGCAGCUAAAAAGCAAAGGGAAAAGGCAAAGUCCGAUGUCCGUUUAAUACCUACUGGUGGAUAUAUUUCCAGUCAAAAUUUAAGGUCACCACUGGAAUCAGCAACCAGGAGACUGAACACCAAGCAGUUCUCAGAUCACCCAGAGAAGAGAAGUGUGAUAGCCCGUGAGAUAUUAGCAUCAGAAGUGGAUUACAAAAGAACACUGGAGAUCAUCAAGGAUGUGUUUGUUGUACCUCUUAGGAGGGCUAUCUCCUCCAAUAGAGCUAUUCUUAGUGCCCCACAUCUACAGAACAUUUUCUCUGACAUUAUGACCCUGUUAGAAAUCAGCAGUCACUUAGUUGAUGAGCUACAGAUCCGUAUAGAUGACUGGAGUGAGGACCAGUGUCUGGGUGAUGUUAUGGUCAAGUUCUGUACAAAACUCAACUGGUACACAGAGUUCUUCAAGAACUACCAGAUCAUCAUUGCUGUACUAGAGAAGUGCCUGUUUGACUACCCAAACUUCAAGGCAUUUGUGAAGAGACAGGAGAGAACUGCUAGGACCAGGAUGUUAACUUUAUUUGAGCUGUUUUUGGCACCUGGUAAAAGACUAUGUGAGUAUGUGGUUCUCCUAACCUGGUAUGAAGCCAACACCCCCAAAGACCACGUAGACAGAGGGGACACUGCUGCAGCACUGGAGAGCAUCAAGGAAGUAGAAAGAAUGGUAAAAGAAGCAAAACUAAGAGGAGAGCAUGACAGGGAACUUCUUGCUGUCCAGAAACAAAUACAGCACUGCCCAUCUCUUCUUGAAACCAACAGAUAUUUCCUGAAACAUGAAGACAUGUCCCUCCUGAGGCCUCCUGCUGCUAACACAAUUAAGCCUGAAUUAAGAAUGUAUCAAGAAAUAGAUAACUUGGGCCUAUAUCUCUUCAAUGACUCUGUGAUAAUUACCAAGAGAAAGACCAAGCACUUUCCAUUUGAACGCUAUGUGGAACACACCUACAUCUAUGAGGCAGUGCUAGGUUUGCCAAGAUUAAGGAUGGAAGACAUCCCGGAUUCAAAAUAUGUGAAGAAUGCCUUCAAGAUGUACACCCCAAAGAGGAAGUGGAUCUUACAAGCUCAUAGUUAUGAGGCCAAGUUCAACUGGAUCACUCUUGUUGAUAAAAUGAUCAAAUUGUCCCUGGAGAAUGUACCCAAGUAGAAUAUGUUGUUACUGUUUCUAUUUAAAAGCCGUCCACUUUUUUUUUUUGUCUUACUGCCCUUAAUUAAGAUGUGUAUUUACUUAUAUUUUUUAAAAUCCUUUUUAUUGCUCAGAUGAUUUCUCUAUGCAACAAUGUAGCUGAGUAUAUAGCUUGACAACUAAGGAUCAAAUUUCCAUCCAUUUAUAGUUAAUAUACAUGUACAUGUGUAGUAACAACUUUAAUAUAUUUGUUUUUGUCUUAGUUUUUAAUAUACUAUUAUUUAUUCAGAAGUGAAUAUUCUUUUCUUAAUUUGACAAAUGAUAUAUUUUCCCAUGCAACAACAUGGGAACUGGAUGAUAACUUGUACAAUACAAUGUGACCAGCAGUUCAGCUGUAUGAUACAGAUUUUACUAAGAAAAAAAAACAUUAAUGUGUUUAUAGUUUUUAAAAAAAGUAAUAUGCACUGUCUACUAGUAUUUCUAUCUUGUAAAUAGAUAAAGGGGGGGGGGGAUUACUCUUCAGUCAUUGAUUCUAUUUUAAAUGUUUACAGUUCCUUUAUUGGAGUAUGUGCUCAGUGUAAAUCUAGUCCUAAAUAUCAUUUUCUGUUCAUGUUUGUUUAUAUUCAGUAGUAAUAUAUGUUUGCAAGUUAUCUUGUUAAGAAGUUGAUACAGUUAUCAGUACAGUACUGCUCAAACAUAUUUUAAAAAUUUUACAACUAUCUGGUUUAAUCUUACAUAAACUUCCCCUUUGUAUGAUGUAAUAGAACACAUCAGUAGGUGGUAUAAGAAUAUUCUAGAUAAGUCCUAGAACUGUUCUAGGAUCUAGACCUGUCAAAAACACCUUUUCAUGGAGUUAACCUGGAAUAGACUAAUUAUAAAAAAGUUAUUUAACUUCAUGAUAUUUGAUUGCAUUAAUGUAAAAUGUCUGUCCUUUGUAAACUUAUAUUAUGCACUUUUGAAUUAUGCAAAAUCACAUUUAUUGUGAAUUGCAAGUAUUUAAUCAAAAUCAAAUGGGUUCUUUUACAUGAAAACUGUACUAAGUUUUUACAGCAAUAUAAAGAGAAUUUUGUAAAUCAUGAUUUAUAUAACUUGA